GCUGCCGAAAACAAGCCGGAAGGACUGAAGAAAGUUCGUAAUCCGGAUCGAAUGUACAGAUCAGCAGUGUGUUAUGCUGGCCACGGUCCACCUAAGAGUAUCAGUGAUGACACAGAGACGAACAAUGAACAUGGACAUUUGAAAAUAUACCUGCCCAAGAAGCUGCUUGAAUGUCUACCAAAAUGCACCUCGCUGCCAAAAGAGAGACACCGGUGGAACACCAAUGAGGAGAUCGCAGCUUACUUGAUAACAUUUGAAAAGCAUGAAGAAUGGCUAACGACAUCCCCUAAAACAAGGCCGCAGAAUGGGUCGAUGAUAUUGUACAACAGGAAGAAGGUGAAGUACAGAAAAGAUGGCUACUGCUGGAAGAAGAGGAAAGACGGGAAGACCACACGGGAGGAUCACAUGAAGUUGAAAGUACAGGGAGUUGAGUGUCUGUAUGGCUGCUACGUCCACUCCUCCAUCAUCCCCACCUUCCACCGCAGGUGCUACUGGCUGCUCCAGAACCCUGAUAUUGUGCUCGUCCACUAUUUGAAUGUCCCUGCCAUUGAGGAUUGUGGGAAACCAUGCGGUCCGAUUCUGUGCUCCAUCAAUACGGACAAGAAGGAGUGGGCCAAAUGGACCAAGGAGGAGCUGAUCGGCCAGCUCAAGCCCAUGUUUCAUGGCAUCAAGUGGACUUGCAGCAACGGGAACAGCAGCUCUGGCUUCUCAGUGGAGCAGCUAGUGCAACAGAUUCUGGACAGCCACCAAACUAAGCCACCUCCCCGGACUCACAACUGCCUGUGCACGGGCACCCUGGGUGCAGGAAGCAGUGUGCACCACAAAUGCAACAGCGCCAAACACCGCAUCAUCUCCCCCAAAGUAGACCCCCGCUCGGGUGGCUACAGCAGUGCUCACUCUGAGGUCCAGAACAACGAUGUGUCUGAGGGGAAGACCGAGCACAGCGCCCACGGUGGAGGCAAAAGCUCCGGCGGAGGAGGCGGAGGGGGCAGCGCCAGGGAGAAACGCAAUGGCAAAGUCCACAAACCCGUCCUGCUGCACCAGAACAGCACAGAGGUGUCAUCCACCAACCAGGUGGAGGUCCCCGACACGACACAGAACUCCCCCGUCUCCAUCAGCAGCGGCCUCAACAGCGACCCGGACAUGGCCGACAGCCCUGUGGUGACCGGGAUGGGCCACGUGGCCUCGGUCAUGUCCGGCCUGUCCCAGAGUGUCUUCAUGUCUGAGGUCACCGGAGACCCCGUCUACAGCAUGUCUCCCACCGGAGGUCCCAACAGUCACAUGAUGGGUUCAGAUGCCACCUCACAAGGCUUGGUGCUGUCUGUGGCUUCUGAUCGCCAUAAAUUUGCCUUUCCAGGUGGAGGAGUAGGGGAGCCUGGGAGUAACGCUGGAGGAGAUGGUCUGUCCAUGCUGUCCACAGCUGGGGUGUCAGAGGAACUGGUCCUCUCGAGCAGUCUGGACUCUGGAAACAUCAAGAUUCCAGAGACCAAUAUGAACUUUGAUCCUGACUGCUUCUUAAACAACCCCAAACAAGGCCAGACAUAUGGAGGCAGUGCAAUGAAGACAGAGGGCAACUCCUCCUCCACUUCAUCUUCCUCUGUUAGCACCAAUGGCAGCCUGCAGCGCUCCCCCACCAUGUCAGACAACGGCUACACCUACAGCUCUGCUCUGGUGAAAAAUAUCAAGACAGAAGACACUUCCUUUGAGCAGCAGCUGGCUAAGGAGAGCGGCUACCAGGUGGGGGCAGUAGUGAACUGUGGCAGUGGGGUGUCUGUGUCAUCUGGUGCUGGUUCAGGCCAAGGUAACCUUACUCUGACUCCAGCAGGCUCCCUGCUUCCUUCAGGUGGGGGUCUGAGUCCAAGCACCACCCUGGAGCAGAUGGAUUUCAGCGCCAUUGAUGCCAAGCAGGACUAUACCUCCAGUGCUGCCGCAGUGAGCUACGGUCAGGCCAUGUCCAGCCCCCACAUGCAGCAUCAGAACCGGUCACCCAGCUUCUUCCUCCAGGACUCCUCUCAGACCAGCCAGGCUCAGCAGGGGAGGCCCGGAUUAAACCAGAAAUCACACAUGAUGGAGCACAACUCCCACGACUCUGGAGCUUACAUGGGGCUGCAGGUUGUGAAGACAGACUCCCCGGGCAGCAACGGCCACCUCCACCACCACCACCAGGCGCACCAGAACCAGCACAGGGCCAACUGUAACGGAGGCUCACCCACAGAGGGGCCUAACCAGGCUGGCUCUCUCCAGCUGCUACAGUACCAGGGGACCUUUCCUGGUUUGGGAGCCGAGCAUGAGGAGGUGGUGGGUCUGGAACAACAAGGCAGUUCAGCUGCAGCUGGAGCUAAUGAGAAUGGAGCUGAGAAUCUGCUCAAGCCAGGGGAUCACAUUCAGGCCUGUGGAGCAGGGAACGGAGAGGGAGGAGGCGACCACUACCUACAGCAGGCUUCAGAUGGUAGUGGAGGUGGGACAGGAGGUGCAGGAGAGGCUAUUCAUAAUGGAAACAACAGUGAUGGCAGCAACCGCUCUCAGCAGCAACAGCAGCUUCAGCCUCUUCUCCAGGGCACCAGCAUGGUCCAGGGACUCUACAACGCUGUGGGGACCCACCAGGGCCUGGGUGGAGCGACCAGUAAUGGUGGAGCUGGAGGGACAGGCAUGGAGAUCAGUCUGGAUCACUUUGACAUCUCUUUUGGUAACCAGUUCUCUGACCUCAUCAAUGACUUCAUCUCAGUGGAUGCCAGUGGAACCACCAUGUCAGCUGGAGGGGCCCUGUAUGCUCACCAACUGGUCACAUCCCACAGCUCUGAUAGUCAGAAUGCAGCGGGUGGAGCUCCCCAACAAGGUCAGGAGGAUGGAGGGGCCAGGGGCUCCGGCUACAACCCCUCUGAGCUCUGUCUCCAGCCCUGCUGCAGCCCUCAGUCUUUGAGUGGGGGGGCUGCAACAGGGGGAAAUGCAGGAGAGGCGGGCUCAUUGUCCUACAUGAAUGUAGCAGAGGUGGUGUCUGCAGCUGUGGCCCAGGGGGCUUUGGGGAUGCUUCAGGCCACAGGCCGCCUCUUCAUGGUCACUGACUACUCCCCUGAGUGGUCCUACCCUGAGGGUGGAGUGAAGGUGCUGAUCACCGGGCCCUGGCAGGAGGCCAGCUCAAACUACAGCUGCUUGUUUGACCAGAUUUCAGUCCCAGCCUCUCUCAUCCAACCAGGAGUGCUGCGCUGCUACUGCCCAGCUCAUGACACAGGUCUAGUGACCCUGCAGGUGGCCGUCAGUAACCAGAUCAUCUCUAACUCAGUGGUGUUUGAGUACAAGGCCCGCGCUCUUCCUUCACUGCCAUCAUCUCAGCACGACUGGCUCUCGCUGGAUGAUAACCAGUUCAGAAUGUCUAUCCUGGAGCGCUUGGAGCAGAUGGAGAGGAGGAUGGCAGAGAUGGCCAGCCACCAGCAGUCGAGCGGUGCAGGGAGUGGCGGAGCUGGGGGAGGAACAGGGGGAGGAGGAGGUGGUUUCGAGAGCCGUGUCGUGGUAGUCUGUGAGAAGAUGAUGAGCAGAGCUUGCUGGGCCAAAUCCAAACAUUUAAUCCACUCCAAGACCUUCCGAGGCAUGACGCUCCUUCACCUGGCUGCAGGCCAGGGCUACGCCACCCUCAUCCAGACACUCAUCAAGUGGCGCACCAAGCACGCUGAUAGUAUUGAUUUGGAGCUAGAAGUGGACCCUCUUAACGUAGAUCACUUCUCCUGCACUCCCCUGAUGUGGGCUUGUGCGCUGGGUCACCUGGAGGCAGCGGUCGUCCUCUACAAAUGGGACAGACGUGCACUAGCUAUCCCAGAUUCUUUGGGACGGUUACCGCUCUCCAUCGCCCGUUCUCGUGGCCACACCAAACUGGCUGAAUGUCUGGAGCAGCUACAAAGAGAAGAGCAGCAGCCACCAGCCCCUCUACCACCCACAACCCGCAUGUCUUUCUCUCCGGCCCCCGACACCCCCACCACAGACAGCUGGAUGGUCAGCUGGGCAAACAACAGUGUAGUGGCACCCAGCGGCAAGAAGGGGGGUCCUGCUACGACCACAACAACAUCGAGCACCACAAGCCUCAAUCCAGAUUUGAGACGGCCGAGAUCAGAACCCUCUAACUACUACAGCAGCGAGGGCCAAAGAGAUCUCCCGCUGGCUAAAAAACACAAACCCAACCCAGAACUGUUCCAGACUCGGCCCGACAAGGCCAUGUCUGUUCCUUUGAGCCUGGAGCAGCAACAGCUCCACAAGCUGUCCUCUAGCCCCAAGAGCCUGUCCUCAGAGGGCCUAAGCUCUGAAAAAGGCCUGUCUACAGGGGGCAGCACAGGGACGACCAGAUGGAGUUCUAGAGAGAGCUUCUCCAGCAGCGGACUGGGGAGGAAGACGCUGGGGGUCAGUGGAAGCAGCAGCUUGGGGAAGGAGAAACUGGUGAACCGGUUACGACAGAGGGAGCAGCUUGGCAUGUUGGUGAUGGCAGACAGAGAAAUGGCUGAUGCAGAGCUGUUGUCCUAUCGGGAAGAUCUGGAGAACCAGGACUGUCUCACACAGAUGGAUGACCUGCAGGUGAACAUGAUGACACUGGCAGAGCACAUAAUAGAAGCAACACCAGAGAGGAUCAAAAGGGAGAACUUCAGCACAGCAGAUUCUACACCAUUAGACACGACAGGGGUCAGCAACACCAUGAACUGGCUGGCCAACUACCUGGGAGAUGUGGAGCAGCUGCCGAGCAUCAUUCACUUGCGAUCCUUGUAUAACGAACCCCUGACCCCAUCAUCCAACCCCAGCCUAAGUCCUGGUGGAUCUCCACUGAGGGAAGGCCCUUUAGAGAGGUCUACGCUCCCCUCUCCAGCUGACUGGAGUGAGUUCAUCAAUGCCUCCAACAGCAAGGUGGAGCGAGACCUGGCCCAGCUGACUCUGUCAGAUCCAGAGCAGAGAGAGCUGUAUGAAGCCGCCCGUCUAGUCCAAACUGCCUUCCGCAAGUACAAGGGACGGCCGCUCCGAGAGCAACAGGAAGUAGCUGCUGCUGUUAUUCAACGUUGUUACAAGAAAUAUAAACAGUAUGCACUUUAUAAGAAGAUGACGCAGGCCGCCAUCCUUAUCCAGAGUAAAUUCCGCAGCUACCACGAGCAGAAGAAGUUCCAGCAGAGCAGAAGGGCUGCCGUGCUCAUUCAGCAAUACUACCGCAGCUACAAGGAGUUUGGCAGGCUGAAACCCCACCACCGCGGGGCUGCUGCUGCCCUGGUGCAGCACAAACUGAGAGGUAGUCUGCUCACUAAGAGGCAGGAUCAGGCUGCCAGGAAAAUCAUGAGGUUCCUACGACGCUGCCGCCACAGCCCCUUGAUGGACCAUAGACUGUUCAAGCGGGGUGAAAGAAUUGAAAAGGGCCAGGGAACAUGAGACCCCUAAGAAGAGCCCCCUUGCGAUGUGACAUCACUCUCCUGACUCCUCUUUUCUUUUUUCGUUUGUACCCGAGACAUUUUACAAGAGAAAUGGAAAAAAGAAACAUCAAUGCAAGCACUGCGAUUAUUACUACUACUGCAGUGUUACUGGUUUGACCACUACGAUGUGUACAACAGCAUUUUUUCACAUAUCUUUUCUUUCCACUGACUUGAUUUUGGUCGGAGAGUGGCAACUUCUAAUGGGAUUAUAAACUUUAAAAAAACAGGGCCAGGGUGGGGGGGGUGCAGAACAUUUGCUUCGUGGCAUUUUUUGCACUUUUUCAUGGAUUGCUUUUGUCUUUUUGGGAACAAGAAGAGGAUUCGGAGGGGAAAGGAUGCAAACACAGGACAUGUGUGAGAGGACGUUCGUUAAGGCUGCAGUAGAAGAUCUCAGAGGAUAGGGAGACCAUGCAGAAACACUCUGGGCUCUAAUUGUUUCAUAUUUUUUUUAAUUGACCAAUCAAAUCAUUCGAAGAAGGAUUUUUUUUUUUACCAAUUGUAUUGGUAAUCCACACACCCACUUCUGUCCACUGCUGUAGAUGAGAUCAUGCGAUUUAGCUCAAGAGUUCACACUGUCCCACUGUGCUCUACCCCACCUGUCUGCCCACUCGGGUGGAGCUACAAAUGAAUGUAGUCGGGGUCUAACAAUACAGAAGCAGAUGAGGGAUAAUAUAUUUCUGUUUUGCCAUUUCUUACUAUGCUUUAUGGUAAAUAUUGUCACUUUAUUACUUGAAUUUGUUCCAUACUGUCUGAUGUAUUUGUUCCAUAAUGUCCAAUGUAUUGGUGAUCUGUAUCUUCAGACUCUAUGUUGUUGAAUCCUACCAAGAAAAAUGCAUGACUUCUUGGCAAGAAAAGUCUUUGCUUGUGUGCUUAUGGUCCAGUCUUUCAGCCUAUCCUCUGAUUUUCUUUUUGUUUCCAUCUUUUCCCACCUCAGUAAUGAAGCCCUCCUUGUGUCAUCUUUUAAUUUUACUCCAUGUUCUUUCGGUUGAAAGCUAACAAGAGAAAAGAUCUUGCCUAUUUUGUGUUGUUCUGCUUUUGGUCAUGCAGGUUAUUAAUGUUCUUUUUAAACGAACUUCAGAGCCUGCAAAGGCUUUUGAGGGGAAGAUCACAUACAUUGCCUUGACGUCUUAGAGAUUCUUUGAGGGGUCCCUAAGCUUGUCCCAAAAUAGGGGUUUGACAAAUCCAUAUUUUUGACAAUUGAGCGAUUUCUGUAUAUAAAGAAGGCUGAAAGUACGUAGGAAAAAACAUUUACCCAAAGGGGAUUGUAUUUUAGAAAUAUAUUAUUUUAUUCAUUAAAAAUGGGUCAAAAACAGGUAUGAGACAAAAACAGAAUAUUUGUAUAGUUUUGUUUGAAUGCCUAAGAAGUAUGGUUGUAUUGUUUGUAAAUAGUGUAAAUACCUGGGAUAAAAAUGAGCUAUGUGCAUGAAAAGUAUGAACAGAUUCAAAAGGGAAAAAAACAACAAAAGCAGUAGUGGCUAUGCUCUGUAAAAUUAAAACUAUUUCACUAUUAGAGUAUUUUAUUUUAUUUUGAUUGUUCUUGGGAAGAACAUUUUGCUAAAGCAUGAUACUAUUGCAAUAUAAAAAGUAAAAAAAAAUACUGUAUUUAGAGUUAGGAGAAGUCUGCAAAAUUAUCUUAAACAAGUAUGGUUAUGUUUACAUUUUAUUUCCUGUUUUUUUUAAUUAUUAUUAUUAUUAUUAUUAUCAGUUUGUUUUGGGCUACCAAGAAUUUUUUGCCAAUGGUGCCAAGAUAUGUGAAUGCUAUAUAGCUUAAGAUGAAGUUAAUUUUUGCAGAACAGACACAAGCACUGAAGACCAUAAAUCACAACAGGCCGAGUCACUCCAACAACACAGUUUGCAGAGGGGGUCGUGUUUCAGCAGAAAGCAUUUAAGUCUCCACCAUUCCCCACAUUUACUGAAGCAUUUGACCAUCACUGGAAACACUUUUCUUUUAUGUUGUCAUUGCAAAUGGAAUGUCAUAUGUUGAUGAGAUUUCUUGUCUGAUCUUAGCAGCCUUGCCCACGGUGUCGAUGUGAUUACUCUCUGUCACGGGGGAAUGAUUUAAUUCUCCUCUUUACUGUAAAUGUGCAGCAAGCAUUGAUUUAUCAAUUCUUGGCUUAUCCCUGAUGUAAACUGGGCAGGAUUGUCCCUAAUACACUACACAUUAAUAGAGAAGAACUCCUUAAUCAAGGCUGCCAGGGUCUAAUUAGACCAACUGAACAAAGAUGUGUGGUUGGGAACAUGUAGCAAAAUGUGCAUGACUGGAUUCUUUGGGAAAAAAGUAGUGAGCUCUUCUAAUAACAGGUGCUAAACGAACAAAGGGGCAAAUGAGCCAAAAACACUUAAACAGUGCACUGGUGCCAUUUAUAACAUUGGAUCAAAUGAGAGAAUGCACAGGAGCUGCUUAUUCUAGAGGUGCCUGUUGGUUGCUGCCUAAUUCCUAGAAUAUAUUCCUACCCUGAAGUGUUUUCUGUAUCCAAGUAAUGACGUUAGAUCAUUCUGCCAAGUGCCACUGAAAAACUUGAGUUGUAUUUGAAAGUGUUGUCAUGUUUGUUAGGCUACUUUUCUCACCUUGGCUUGUUUUGUUGUUUUCCCACUCCUCUGACAUGUCAACUUUUAAUUUCCCCAGUGUUUAUGUAGAAAGUGCCUAUUCAUAUCCCGGUCACGCAGAAUCCAGAACAAUUUAUCCGAGGUUGAGGAAAUGUGAUGGUCACCCACAAAUGAUCGCCCCCACAUUACACCGGCCACAAACUCCCCGAUCACACCGGUAUCAGUCCAGCACUCGACAUGCGAAGCUUUACUUUCUUUUCUCUGCCUUCUGUUCUGUUUUCUACUGGGACAGCUUGUUAAAAUCACAUUAAGAAAAUGCCACUACUGGGGUUUGUUGCCUUGCAUUCAUCCUCUAGUCUGUGGUUAGAGUGCAUAACGUGGUGGCAAGAAGGAGAAGGAUUUAUUAUGCUUGCAUGGGUAAAAUAGUUAACUGGGUGACAGAACCUGCACCUAAAGCAUGCUUAUUUUCCUAGAAUCGGUAGUCGGAUAGACUUGUUAAAAAGACUCGAACGUUAGGUUGACGCGUCACAGAGGGCAUGUGACCAGAGGGCAAAACUCCAACAAAUGAGCCAAUGAUCAAUAAUCAGUCGCUACUGACGUUUUCAUGGCGAUGCAUGACGACAAGAUUGUUUUUUAGACCGAGCUCUAACUUUUUAGACUUUUCCUUUAGUUUCUUUUUGUAUUCUUUAGAUUUGAUCAGUGUGCUCCCUACUUCUAAUAGACCAAGGAUGCAGACGAUUAUGAAAGUAUGUACAGAAAUAUGACCUAAAAGUGACACAUGGUACACACAUACAUGCACAAAACACAGCACAGCACACAUGCAGACAUGUCAAGGUGUCAGUUUGAUUUGUACAGAGCGGAGGGGUGAGGGCAGCGUUUGCUCUUCUCCAAAAUGAGGGACUGGUUCACCUCCCUUCUGUAUUUUACUCAGGGUGCCAAAAUGGGGAGGAGGAAGCAGAGCAGGACAUGUGAUUCACGGCAAAAGAAGAUGAAAUAUAGAAGAAUCUACUACAGACAGGUUGUGAAACUGAAGUAUUUAAAAUGAAUGAAUAUGAUAUAUAUUACAUGCAGCAGAACCCUGGAAUAAGGUCCUGUUAUAUAUAGCUCAUUAGGAAAAAAGAUUUGACUUUUUAUCAUAGAAUCCUGUCAAAUCAUAGUAUAAUUCAGGCCGGUUCUUUAGGCCUUUAAUUUCUCUAAGUGACACAGAAUAGAGGGUAUUUAAGAUUAAGAGUGUAGUUUUAUGAAAAGUUCACCUGCAAAUCUUGUUUUUACUGCCAUUUAUGAAUGGGAUGACAGGUUAGCUGAUAGGCACUCUUUCAUUAGUGUUAUAAAUUUUCUGUGAAUUGACCUGGGAAUCUGCCUUUCCUCCUCUUCUUUUUCCCCGAGCGCCCAAAACCAGAGAAAGGUAGGCACAUCAGGACAACAGAACAGAAGCAGUUUUACAACAUGAUAUUCCACUCGUGGACACAGAGCAAUAAAAGAACUAUUUUGUGGAGACCUAUAGACCUAGUGAAGUUUCAAAAUGAUUGGACACAUGUAGUCGACUUACUCUUAUGCAAAUGCCAGUAUUGCAAGACAAGCAUUCAGUAGUUUAUGGACAGCAAUUAUAUGGCACCCUUUACCGAACUGCACGUUUUCAUCAAAUCCAAACCAAGAAGAAAAAAAAAGGCCCUGCUUUGAUAGAAAGCUGUGGGUCCUCGACACUUUGCAUGUGAACUAGUGUUAGAUCUAUUUUCCUCUCCUCUAUAGCUGUCUUUCUCUCUGUCUUUCCCUGUUAUGUGACCCAGUUUUUCUCCCCUGACCCUUUAAAGGAUUCAUCUCCUCUUGGUUCUCCUAAUGUGUUUUGCUUUCCUCCCUUUUUCUCCCCCUUUCUCUUGUUUGUAAGUUUUAUUUUUGUAAUUGUGCAUGUACAAGCGUCACUGACUCGAUGGAUAUGUUAAAAAAAAAGAGAUUUCAGCUGCUGAAGCCAUGCAAAACGUUUUGAAUUGCCCUUAAAAUAUGGAAGA